AUGUGUCUGCUUGCAUGUGUGUGCAUGAUGCUUAGCUUUUUAGGGGGAGUGGGUGCUUCGUGUCCUUCUCUGUGUACGUGUGAUUUUCUUGGCAAGAACGACGGCUCAGGAUCAAGGUCAGUGCUGUGUAAUGAUCUGGACAUGAGUGAAGUCCCCACCAACAUCCCCGUGGACACAGCCAAGCUCCGCAUCGAAAAGACCGUCAUCCACAGCAUCCCUGCCGAGGCCUUCUACUACCUGGUGGAGCUCCGCUACCUCUGGCUCACAUACAACUCCGUGGCCAGCGUGGAGCCCAGCAGCUUCUACAAUCUGAAGGAACUGCAUGAACUGCGCUUGGACGGGAACUCUCUGGCCACCUUCCCUUGGGCCUCUCUGUCCGACAUGCCCCAUCUGAAGACCCUGGACUUGCACAAUAACAGAAUAACUAGUGUGCCCAAUGAGGCAGGCAGGUACCUGAAGAACCUCGCCUACUUGGAUUUAUCAAGCAACAGACUAACCACGCUGCCUCCAGAUUUCAUGGAGAGCUGGUCACAUUUAGCUAGGACUCCUCCCCGAAGCCCAGAGCUUUCACCAAGAAGAAUUAUUCUCGGUUUGCAGGACAACCCCUGGUUCUGUGACUGUCACAUCUCCACAGUGAUUGAGCUGUCCAAGGUUGCCAGCCCUGCUGUGGUGCUCCUCGACCCCCUCAUGGUUUGCAGUGAACCUGAGCGCCUCACGGGGAUCCCAUUUCAGAGGGCAGAGCUGGAGCAGUGUCUGAAGCCUUCGGUGAUGGCCUCAGCCACCAAGAUCACAUCGGCCCUGGGCAGUAACGUUCUACUGCGGUGUGACUCCACGGGCUACCCCACCCCACAGCUCACGUGGACCAGAUCCGAUGGCUCACUGGCAAAUUACACAGUAAUUCAAGAAUCUCCAGGAGAUGGAGUCAGAUGGUCCAUAAUAAGCCUGACAGGCAUUUCUUACAAGGAUGCUGGGGAUUACAAAUGCAAGGCCAAAAAUUUGGCUGGAACGUCCGAAGCAGUGGUGACUGUGACAGUGGUUGGUGUUGUCAACACCACCCUAUCACCCUACACUUCUGAAAGCAGACAGAGAGGUCACCCUGGGCCAGAAGUCCAGCCUGAAUCUGGACGCUCAACAUCCACACCCACUACACGAUCAUCCCCCUGGUCUUCUUUGUCCUCUUCUUCCACUUCUGCUUCUGCUAUGUCUCCUCCCUCCACUGUUUCCUUCUCUUCAUCUCCCUUCUUCUCUGUUGUUUCUUCAACAACCCUGAGAAGCAGCAUUUCGUCAGAUGAGACCAGAGCCAGCCGGCAGUCACUGCAGCUGCACUUAGAUGGAGAAAGAGACGUGAAGGUGGAGAGGAAUGGAAGCAAACUUCCUCUUGCCAGUGCCAGUAGGAAAGAGGAGCUGGCACUGUUGGGGCCUGCAACGCCCGCAGAGACGAACACCACCAUAGAAGACCUGAGGGUGGUCAGUGAGACAGAAGGGAGUGUGACUCUGACGUGGAACAGCGUCAACACCACACAUUACUCUGCAGUGAUGGUGCUGUAUUCCAAGUAUGGUGAGAAGGACCUGCUGCUGUUGAAUGCAGACUCCAGGAACAACCAAGUUACCAUAGAUGGCCUGGAGCCAGGUAGGCAGUAUGUGGCAUGUGUGUGUCCCCGAGGAGUGCUUCCCCAGAAGGACCAGUGUGUCACCUUUUCUACUGACAGAGCGGGAGAAGAUGAUGACCAUGAGUGGCUUUUCUUCGUGGUGGUAACCAGUGCUGCCUGUGUUGUUGCAGUGCCAUUAAUUUGUUUUUUACUGUACAAAGUUUGUAAGCUACAGUGUAAGCCAGAAUCCUUCUGGGAAGAUGAUUUAGCAAAAGAGACCUAUGUCCGGUUUGAGACCCUGUCGCCUAGAUCUCAAAGUGUAGGGGAUCUCUGGACGCGAAGGUGCAGAGACGACUCAGAGAAGCUGUUGCUGUGCUCUAGGUCAAGUGUGGAAUCGCAGGGGACUUCAAAAAGUGGAGGCUGCAGAACAGAGUAUUACUGCUGA